AUGAAUUGGUUGAAAAUUCGUUGAUUGCCUUGCGUUCCUAUUUGAAAACCAGUGAAUACACAACCGAUUCCCUCUAUGAUUGUUUAAAUAAAAUUGAAGCUUUUGUUGAAAAGCAAAAUAAGAAAUCCGGUCGUCAGUCACAAAUAACUGACUUUUUUCCAGUGAAAGAGUAAACUUUAAUAUGUACAUACGUAUGUAUGUAUAUGUGCACACAUACUAUGUUUAUAUAUACCGGGAGGAAAAUUCCAAACUAAAAACUGAAAUGGAAGCACUAACGAAUGAAAAUCAAACGUUGAAAACAUCGUUAGAAAUAAUGAAAAAGUCUCUCGAGGAAAAUGAAAUAAUAUUGGAGGUGUUUACUAAAAAGGCCAAUGAAUACGAACAGAAAUGCCAACAAAAACGGGACUUGCUGUUGAAAACUCAACUUCAGUACAAAAUAGCGGUGGCUAAAGUUGAAAGUUUGCGCGAGGAUCUGCAAAGUGUGUACUUAGAAAAGGCUCAACUUCAAAAACAUCUCUCUAGUGUGGAAGAAAAUUUUAAGCAGGCAUCCACCAAUCAACUUGAUAUUUCAGACAAAAUAAAAGGCAUCAAAAAGGUCGUUAAUAAUGUCAAAUAUGAAGUCGAAAUGGUAAAAAAGAACCAAGCGGAAAGUUCCAAACUGGCAAGAGAAAUUGAUCUGUCUACGAGGGCAAUCCAAAAAUGUGACCAGCUGAAGGACAAAUGCAAAAAGUUAGCCGACGCAAACCUAGCUCUCGACGAGUUAUGCGUAAAACUAGACGCCAAAAACAACAAGUUGUGCGAACUUAUUGAUGAGAGUAAUAUUGGUAGCCACCCGUAUUUAGAAACAGAAGUUCUUUUAAAACAGUGUACGGAAAUGCAUAGGCGCCACAAAGAUACUAUGGAGAAAAAAGAUGAAUGUCUCAGACUUCUGAAUGAAAAAUUGUACGUCGAGAGAGAGAACAAUGUCGAGUUAAUAAAAUCCAACAAGAGGCUGCAAAAAAAUUAUAAAUGUUCGCUAAAACAAAUCGAACAUCUCAAACAACAAUUGGAAACAUCAACGCACCAAAAUUUCAAUAAAUUUGGGAAAUUAGCCAUAAAAUCGGAACCUGUUAUAGAGAUAAUGGAUAGCCCAUCCAAUUAGCGUAAUAAAGCACUGGACAACGCGGGCAGGGAAUUAAAUGCUUUUCGUAGUCACUAAGAAGUCAUGCUACCAAAUGAAGCC